AUGUAUCACCUUAUUCUGAUAACAGUGUUCUUCAGUAAUAAGAAUGUUGGAAGUUACAAUUAUUUAGUGAUUAUGUUUUUGUCGCUUGGAAUGCUGUUUACGAUCUUGGAAGCGACGCUCUGUCCGAAUGUGCAUUCUUACAAUGCAAGCUGGCUACUGUACUCCAUUGAACAACCUUUUGGACUGAGUAUCGGCUCCAUGAGAAUAAUUUUAGUUUUUUACACGGGCGUAUACGCUUCCACCAUUUGUAUGCUCUCCGUUCAAUUUGUCUAUAGAUACUGCGCGAUUUUCUAUCAAGAUGGCUUAAAUGUUUUAGGAUGGAGAAUUGUGUCAGUUUUUCCAUAUUUUGGAGGGUUGGGCAUGAUAUGGGGAGGUUCGAUAUUCACGUUUUCUCGAGUUGAUGACUACGCGAAGGAAUAUCUCAGACUUGAAAUGAGUAUUCAAUACGGAGUUGACAUUGAAAAAGUGUCUGGGUUCACCUUAGUCGCUUACGACAAAGAUGGGCAUUUCAGAUGGUUCAACUCCACGGCUAAUCUGAUCCUCUGCAUCAUAAUUUUCAUUCAAUUCUCGAUUAUCAUCUUCUGUGCAGGGGUCAUGUGUCUGAAAAUGGAGGAGAACAUGAAAAUGAUGUCGGAAUCGCUGCGAUCAGUUCAUCGGCAGUUCUUCCGGACACUGAUCGUUCAGAUUGUUGCGCCAACCAUAUUCCUCUUCACCCCGCUCACUUUUAUACUGUACCCUCGGCAGUUUGGUUCUCCUUUCCCUCGCUCUUUUUUCACCUAUCUUUCACUCUUUUUUCGCCUAGAUUAUAUCGGCGAAAUAUAG